AUGUCCGAAAUAUUCAUGCCUCGACGGAUCGCCCGUCUCAGCCCAACCGUUGCUCUCACCAACACAGAGCGGUGGCAAGCCAUUGCAACCCGCGACGCCACAGUGAACACCUUCGUCUACGCCGUCCUUACCACAAAAAUAUACUGCCGCCCAUCAUGCCCAGCACGGCUAGCUCGCCGCGCAAAUGUCCAAUUCUACGAUACCCCAUCACUGGCCGAGAAAGCAGGGUUUCGGGCGUGUAAGCGCUGCCGGCCGCAUUCGGGCCAGACGGCGGCUCAAAGCAACCCCCAAACCGCAGUGGUCGAGAAAGCUUGCGAGUCAAUCCGAAACAGUCUGGCAGCAGGGCUGAAACCGAAACUCAGCGAUUUGGCAGCGCAGGCUGGCCUGACGUCCAGCCAUUUCCAUCGCGUCUUCAAAAAACGUGUCGGCGUUACGCCCGGGCAGUAUGUAGUUAGCCUUGCACAGAGCAACUUACGUUCCCCGGACUCGGGGGUAUCCGCAUCGUCCGAUGUUGAAACACCACCCUUUAUUUCUGGGAAUGGGAACGGUGUGGAGAUCUUGGAUCUAGAUGAAGAUGGAGAUGGUAUUGAGGAAAAAGGGGCUGGUCCGUCGGAAACUAGGGCCGGGUGCCCCAGGUAUAUGAAUGAUGCCUGGAAUGAAUUCGAUGCUCUUCUAGCCUUUGAGCAUGAACAAGUGUGGAUGCCUGAUUCUUUAUCUACGUGUAUUGACCCGAGAAUAAUCUCAGCAUCUGAUUGA